AUGAAAAAGACAUUUCGAUUGUUUUCAUUGUUAAAUACAGGAAAAAGAGUUAUCAAAUCUUCACCAAAGUGUUUAUGUCUAUCUGCAAAGAUACUCUGUGUGCCAACUAAGGAUAGAAGCAACAGAAACAAGGGAUCUACACGGGCGUGUUCCUCUAGAAGAUCUCAAACUGAAGCACCAGAUGCCGCACCAACUGUCUCUGCAGUAUCUUCACCAGAUGCCGUACCAACUGUCCCUGCAGUGUCUUCACCAGAUGCCACAUCUACUCUAGAUGAAUGUGACAUCCCUAAAUUGCUUUUCAACAGCAACGACUGGGUACCUUUGUAUAAUUCAAAAAUCGAGUACAAGUUGGAUGACGAAGCCCUCUUUUUAGAUCCAAAAACAAAGGAACCAUUGGACAUUGAACUUGUCGACGCAUUUGGUCCUGGCAAAAAAUAUAUUGACAGGGGUGAAACUCUUAUUUUCCCUUUGAUGAAGCCAACCGAGGUCAAGGAUUUGAAAGGAGCAGAGGUCAUGGAUAUUCACAAUCCAAACAAUUCAUACCAAGUGCAAAGAAUUGUCAGCAUUCACAAUCUAUCCCAGACCGACAAUCUUAUGCGAUUUUUAACCUACUCACAGAUGGAAAUAAAAAGACUUUUCGAGUUUGUAAAUGCAUCAUUUCAAAUCAAUUUAGUUACUGGUGCAGUUUAUUUUAGUGCUAAAUUUCAAGUGUCUAACAUGGCAUCUUCGAUCAGCGACGAUGGAAGUGUAGAUGAAUUUUAUAGAAACAUUAAAAUAACAAGACGAUAUAAAUUUGAUUUCGUAAUUAUUGGUGCUGGAUCUGCAGGUAGUGUAGUUGCUAAUAAACUAUCAAAAGAUCCAACCAAUAGUGUUUUAUUAGUAGAAGAAGGUAUAGUUAAAUCAAACUCUAUUAUUGACGAUAUCAAGUGUUUAUUAAUCAAUUCAAUAACAUCUUUUUUAUUAUUAUUAAUAGGUGGAUACUCUACAAAUAUUUAUAAAGUGAUGGAUAAUGUUAAAUAUGGUCUAAAUUAUAUUGAUCCGGAUUAUGAAAUCACAAAGUACUAUGAGAAUGCGCUUUACAAUGCCACUGGAAAUAGAUAUAUUCGAUCGCUUAGAGGCAAGGUUGUUGGAGGUUGUAACUCUAUCAAUGGAAUGGUGGCAAGUGUCGGCAAUUCCUAUGACUAUGACAAUUGGGCACGGAUAACAGGCGAGCCGGAAUGGUCUUGGAACGGCACGAUCUAUCCGAUUCACUUGCCGGAUUUCUUUAAACACGUCCCCAUAAGAAGGAAUAAAGAGGAGGAUGCAUUCAAUCGUGAGUUGAAACAGGCGAUUCUGCCACUGGGAUUCGAUGCUACUCAGAAGCAAGAUGAAGAUGGACUGUAUCACCGUGCUACAUCGUUCUCACAAUACGUCGAUACAAUCAGUAGAACUCGUGAGAACCUGUCGAUUUUCGUUAAACACAAAGCAAUGAGAAUACAUUUCGAUACAUCGGUCAGUCCUGUUCGGGCAAUCGGUGUCUAUUUAAAGGAUCUAUCGAAUGACGACUACUUGAACAUACCGAUCAAUCCAGCUUUUCUCUACUCGCUAGAGUUUGUUGCGCCUACUUCAUCAGGAUUCAUUGCCAUUGAGAAACUUCGACCGAAUUUCGAAUUCCACGAGAAACCACUGCUCAGAAUCGAUCACAUUAGUAACCCCAUCGAGAUGGAAUACAUCAUGGAUGCAAUAGAGUCGUGUCGCGCCAUUGAGAAGAACCUGGUUGAGCUGGGUAUUGUCGCAGAGCAUGGAAUCCGGCUUGGAGGUAUCAACCUUGGUGAACGAGACUCAAAGGUACUAGAACAGCAGGUGCGAGAUAAUAUUUUGACUGCCUAUCAUCCACAUGGAUCAUUGAGAAUGGGACCGUACUAUGAUAGCAGCUUUCCCACCACUGGACAGCUGCGACUGAAAGGAUCGGCCAACAUACGUGUCGUCGAUGCAUCGGUCAUACCGAUAUCGCCAUCGGGUAACACCAACAUCCCAAGUAUCAUUGUUGGACUUCAAGGAUCAAGAUUCAUCCUAAGAGAUCUUGAAAUAAGAAAAGCUAGCCAACAAUCAUCUUCUUCUUCUUCUUCUGAUUUAUUUAAAAAUUUCGAAAAAACUUAA